AUGCCUGCCAUUACCCUGCCCGAUGGUUCCGUUCGCACGUUCGACGGUGCCACGACUGGCACGGCAGUCGCGGCUUCGAUCGGUCCCGGUCUGGCGCGUGCUGCCGUUGCGAUGAGCCUCGAUGGCAAAUUGGUCGAUCUCUCGACCGAAAUUGCUGAAGACGCGGCCAUCCGCUUCAUUACGCGCAAGGACGAUAUCGUUCUCGAGAUGAUCCGCCAUGACACCGCGCAUGUGCUGGCCGAGGCCGUUCAGGCGCUCUGGCCCGGUACGCAGGUGACGAUCGGUCCGUCGAUCAAGGACGGGUUCUAUUACGAUUUCUUCCGUAACCAGCCUUUCACGCCCGAGGAUUUCGAGGCGAUCGAAGGCAAGAUGCGUGAGCUUAUUGCGGCCAAUGCGCCGUUCGAACGUGAGGAAUGGGAUCGUGACGCGGCGAUCGCCUUCUUCGAGGAGAAGGGCGAGCGCUUCAAGGCCGAGCUGAUCCGCGAUCUGCCCGAGAGCGAGACGAUCUCGAUCUAUCGUCAGGGUGCCUGGCUCGAUCUGUGCCGUGGCCCGCAUAUGCGCGGCACGGGCGAUAUCGGCACGGCGUUCAAGCUCAUGAAGGUGGCAGGCGCCUAUUGGCGUGGCGAUCAUCGCAACCCCAUGCUGACGCGCAUUUACGGCACUGCCUGGCGUGAUCAGAAGGAGCUGGAUGCCUAUCUGCAUCAGCUUGAGGAAGCCGAGAAGCGCGAUCAUCGCCGUAUCGGGCGCGAGAUGGAUCUCUUCCAUAUCCAGGAAGAAGCUGUCGGUCAGAUCUUCUGGCAUGCCAAGGGCUGGCGUCUUUAUACGGUGCUUCAGGAUUAUAUGCGCCGCCUUCAGACCCGUCAUGGCUAUCAGGAGGUGCGCACGCCGCAGCUCGUGGAUCGUGCGCUCUGGGAAGCGUCGGGUCAUUGGGACAAAUAUCGCGAACACAUGUUCAUCGCGACCGUCGAGGAUGAGGACAAGACGCUUGCCCUCAAGCCGAUGAACUGCCCGUGCCAUGUGCAGAUCUUCCGCCAUGGACUGCGCUCCUAUCGCGAAUUGCCGCUGCGUAUGGCCGAGUUCGGGGCGUGCCAUCGCUACGAGCCCUCGGGGGCGCUCCAUGGCAUCAUGCGUGUGCGUGGUUUCACGCAGGACGAUGCGCAUGUGUUCUGCACCGAAGAGCAGAUUGCGAGCGAGACGGCCUCUUUCGUUGCCAUGCUCGAUGAGGUCUAUCGCGAUCUGGGCUUCGAGAAUUUCCGCGUGAAAUUCUCCGAUCGCCCCGAGGCGCGCGCCGGUGACGACGCGACCUGGGACAAGGCGGAGACUGCGCUCAAGGAGGCCUGCGGUCUGGCAGGCGUCUCGUUCGAGACCAAUCCGGGUGAAGGUGCUUUCUACGGGCCGAAGCUCGAAUUCGUGCUGACGGAUGCGAUCGGUCGCGACUGGCAGUGCGGCACGCUUCAGGUGGAUUACAUUCUGCCCGAGCGUCUCGAUGCCUCCUAUAUCGGCGAAGACAGCGCCCGCCAUCGUCCGGUCAUGCUGCAUCGCGCUAUUCUGGGGAGCUUCGAGCGCUUCAUCGGUAUUCUGAUCGAGCAGUUUGCAGGCAAAUUCCCGCUCUGGCUGGCGCCGACCCAGGUGGUGGUGGCGAGCAUCGUGACCGAUGCCGAGCCCUAUGCGCAGGAAGUGGCCGACAAGCUGCGUCGCGCGGGACUCCAGGUCGAAUCCGAUGGGCGCAACGAGAAGAUCAACGCCAAGAUACGCGAGCACUCUGUCGCCCGCGUGCCGGUGAUUCUGGUUGUCGGCCGUCGUGAAGCGGAAGAAGGUAAAGUGGCGCUGCGUCGUCUUGGUGGUGCCGCUCAGGAGAUACUGAGUCUCGACGAGGCACUGACCCAGCUGACGCAGGAGGCUCUGGCGCCGGACAUGCGCCGCCUGCAGGGCUGA